UGCGCACCUUCAUUUGCAUAUUCACGUAAACAAUCUCUGACGUCACUACGCGUUUGCAGAUGCGUUUAUCCGGCAUUUUUACUGCAAUUUACAUUGUUUAAGGGUAAAUGAAGAUUUUCCAGUAUGAGGUUUGAUGUUAAAAAGGCAAAGGCACGAAAAGAAAAGGCAGAUACUAGAUGGCAGGCUGUACAUAAUGCCCAUGAACACUUGAAAAGAACUGGUGACUCUAUUAGAAAAUCAGCUAAACUAUACUCUAUACCUGAAUCAACUCUCAGGAGACAUAUUAACCAGCCAUAUUUAACUGAAUCUUGUGCAGGUCAUCCAACACUGUUUACAAAGUUAGAGGAACAAGAACUAGCUGUCCAUAUUAAGAAAAUGGCAAGACUUGGUUAUGGUUAUGCCAGAUGGCAGGUGUGUCAGCUUGCCCAGAAUAUGCUCCAGACCAAGGGAAUUGAGACUGUAAUACCCCAGAAGGAUUGGUAUUAUGGAUUCAUAAGGCGAAUGGGCUUGAAUAUACAAAGACCCAAAAAGAGAGAACUUGCUCGGGUCUUUGGCGGGUCCGCUUCUAACAUUGGGGAUUAUUUCAUUGAACUUGAAACUGUACUCUCCAAAUAUAACCUUAUGAACAUUCCUGCUUCACUGUGGAAUGUAGAUGAAACUGGGAUCACCCUAGAUGUACCUCCUCCUAAAAUAGUAUGUGGUAAAGGAGAACAGCCUUUCAUUGUAACCUCUACACGUAGAGCUACAACAACUGUCAUUGCAGCUGGAAAUGCUCUUGGAGAGACCAUACCUCCAUAUGUAAUUUACAAGGGUCAGCGUCUCAGUGAAGAACUUACUAAAGGGUGUUUGCCACAGACUAAGUUUACAAUGACAAAAAAUGGUUGGUCCACUGCUGAAACAUUCAAAGAUUUCUUAGAGAACCAUUUCCUGGCCCAUGUUAAGAGCAGACCGUGUCUACUUCUAUAUGAUGGGCAUGCAACACACAUAACAAAGGAUGUCAUUGAAUUAGCCCAAAAUCAGAAUGUCCAUAUGUUUGUGAUACCUCCGCAUUCAAGCCAUCUUGUGCAACCCCUGGAUGUCGGAGUGUUUGGGCCUUUUAAGGCUGCAUUAGCUACAGGUUGUCACAGGCUUAUUCACGCUGAAGUUGGAAGACAGGUAACUCGCAGUGACUUACCAAAGCUGAUCGCGUAUGCUUACAAUUCAGCCAUGACAGUGCCAAACUUAAUGGCUGCAUUCCGCAAAACAGGUAUAGUCCCCUUCAACCCAGAAGUAUUAACUAAUACUGUAAAUGAUCAAUACCCCACCAAUGAAGCAAAACCAAAAUCUAGAAAGGAAAGAAAAGAUGCUAGAAACAUUAAACUAUUGCUAAAUGAUAUUGACAAAAACGUGGAAAAGCAACUGGAAGAGACCCAAGCAGGUAAAACAAAACAGUACAUCAUCCCAAAUCAUGGAGCUGCUGUUACUGAAUGUGAGUUUGUAGAACAACUGAAAAGGAAAACCGAGGUAGAGCCAAAAGCACAUGUCAAAAAGCCAAAAUCUAAAUCAGAACCUACAUGUAAACAAAAAGUAAAAAAGGUAAAGUCAGUUAACACUGAGCAAGUAGCUACAACUUCUGGAGACUGUAAAUUGAAAUGUGAUCUCAAAAACAAAUCUGACACACCUGAGGUCUUAGACAGCCAAGAACCUGGUCCUAGUAACAUGCGAAAAGAAUGGCUGACCUUCUAUCAUAGUAAUAGUGACAGUAGUGAAGGAGAAGAUGAUGAUGAUGCCUUCUGUGUAGUCUGUGGACAGUUUGCUCCUACUGGGUUUGGUAAACAUGGCCAGUUAGAAAUACUAAAUUGGGCAAAGUGUGACACAUGUUGCGGUUGGGUACACCUUAAAUACUGUACUCUGGAGUCACGACUUCGCAGUAAUGAGCCAUUCAAGUGUCCAAAGUGCCAAUUAAAUUAGUAAUGAGAAAACAGUUAAUUAACACAUAAACUGUUCUGUUUCAGUUGUUAAAGAGUUUUUAUAAUAUUAUGAUAUAAAGUUGACUUUUGUAAUCAUUUGAUAAUGAAAUUUAUUGUUUAAACUGUACCUGAAGUGUAAACAUUUGUCAUUGCCACUAAUAAUAAUUGGAAUGGAACCUAUUAACUCAGUUUCUUUGUUUACUAAAAUGAUAUAAAAAUUCUCAGAUCACUUAUCCCCAAUUCCAAAGGUCCAGAGCACUGUGUGACAUAUCUGGGAUAGUUGAAAUGGACUAUAACUGACUUUCAGUAGGCAUGCGCAGGAAUUAGCCGACAGAAAUGACGUAAUGUAAACAAUAUGGUUUCUCAGUUGGAAGUGAUAUUUAACCCAGUUUCAGGGAGUUAAGUUUCUUUUGAAUGUUGCAAGUUGUAGCAGAAAGGUUAAUUCUUCACAAAAUGAUAAAUAAUUGUUUAUGCAUAUGCAAAUGAUUAAUCUAUACUUCCAAGUUUGUCUUAGGUGCGCCAAAUUACCCGACAGC